AUGACGAGAUCAAACAAAAGGAGAAAUAAGAUUACAACGACUGAAAUCACAGAAAUUCCUCAUGCAGUCAUUCGUGAGAUGAAAUGUUAUUUCAAGCUAUGCAAAAAGAUUAAGGAUACCAGCAAAAAGGAAGAGCAAGAAUAGAUUGAAAAGUAAAUUGAUUAAGCGGAAAUUCCUAUAUGGUUAAAGUAAAUCCUCAGAGCAGACUUAUAUUACAGAACAGAUAGAAAUCAACAAGCUCUCCUAUAAAUUGAAGGCUUUGAUAGUGAUUAAUGGAGAGAUGAAGUCUCAAAUUGGCUUCAUACAAAGAUUAAAGAAAAUACAACAAAAUCAAUCCAGUUGAUCUUCCAUAAUUCUAAAAUUACAAGGUGUACUGUGAUGAUAUCUAAGAUUUUGAUAAUUUAAGACGUUACUUCUUGA